GAGGGAGGGAGGGAGGGAAGGGGCGAGGGGAGUUGGAUGAUUGAACUUUCUUGUUUAGUUUCUGCGCCGCGGAGCCUUCUGCCCCCGCUGCAGCCCGGCACCCGCCCGGCGAGCGGGAGCGCACCCCGGCGCCUGCCGCCCCCCGCAGCCCCCUGCCUUCCUCCUCCUCCUCCUCCUCCUCCUGCCCGCCCGCCCAGCCAUGGUGCCCGGCGCGUCCCUCGCCCUGCUCCUCUGGGCAGCGGCCGCCUGCGGCAGCCCCGCCGGGCCGGGGGCCGGCGCCGCCGCCCGCAAGGAGGACGAGGCUUUCUCCACGGCCAGAUGCACCUCCAGGUGCCUGAGCCUCCAGAUCACCCGCAUCUCCGCCUUCUUCAAGCACUUCCAGAAUAAUGGGUCACUUGCUUGGUGCCAGAAUCAUAAACAAUGUUCAAAGUGCCUGGAGCCCUGCAAAGAAUCCUGGGAUUUGAAGAAAAACCAUUGCCAAAGCUUCUGUGAGCCUCUUUUUCCCAAGAAGAAUUAUGAAUGCCUAACUAGCUGCGAAUUCCUUAAGUACAUCCUGUCUGUGAAGCAAGGGGACUGCCCAGCACCUGAGAAGGCCAGUGGUUUUGCAGCUGCCUGUGUUGAAAGCUGUGAAGCAGAUAGUGAAUGUUCUGGCGUGAAGAAAUGCUGUUCCAAUGGAUGUGGUCACACAUGCCAAGUUCCAAAAAAUCUGUACAAAGGUGUUCCACUGAAACCCCGGAAAGAGUUAAAAUUCAUAGAACUGCAAUCUGGAGACCUGGAGGUGAAGUGGUCUUCAAAAUUCAAUAUUUCCAUUGAGCCUGUGAUCUAUGUUGUUCAGAGGAGGUGGAAUCAAGGAAUCCAUCCUAGUGAGGAUGACGCUACUAACUGGCAAACAGUGGCACAGACUACGGAUGAGAGGGUCCAGCUGUCAGACAUCAGAGCGAGCAGGUGGUACCAGUUCCGUGUGGCGGCUGUCAAUGUGCAUGGGACGAGGGGCUUCACGGCACCCAGCAAGCACUUCCGCUCCUCAAAAGAUCCGUCUGCUCCACCAGCUCCAUCUAAUAUCAGAAUUGCCAAUAUCAGUGCAAACAAUGAUGGAAGUGUAAAUGUAAUGAUUACUUGGGAUCUUCCAGAAGAACCUGAUAUCCCAGUGCACCACUACAAAGUCUUCUGGAGCUGGACGUAUAGCAAAUACGUGAUCCCAGCUAAAAAAAAGAGAAGGAAGAUUACUGAUGGGGUAAGAAGGAAAACAGCAAAUGAGACAGAAAUAUGGCCCCAGAAUUAUGUGGUCCUGGAGGGACUCCAACCUAACAGCAACUACAAUGUAGAACUACAGGCAGUAACACGCUGGGGUCAGAUACGCCUUAAAAGUGCUAAGGUUUCUCUCCAUUUUAGCACAACGCAGGACACCAGGAAUAAUAAUAACAUAAACGCUAUGGUUACCUUGAGAAAGAACUUGCAUACAUUUGAUGAGCAGACACAUGCUGGGAAACCCCAGAAAGGACUGGUAGAUCCUUACCCAACAUUUCAAAGAAGGAAAACAACUCGUUUUCUUAAAAUUGGAGCUCCUUUCUAUCAGGACAAUCAACUUCAGGUUAAAGUUUAUUGGAAGAGAACAGAUAUCAACAUGAAUCAAUUCCAAGUCCACUGGUUACUGGAGUCCUGUGCACACAAUGACACCAAGGGACUUGGGAAAGUAACUGAGCUGACUUAUGAGAACUACAUGAUUCUGAAGGACCUGUCGUUUGCAUGCAAAUAUAAAGUAACUGUUUUGCCUGCAAAAUCUAAAGGUCGUUUUAAAGCUGAGAGUAUUUUCUUUGUCACCCCACCUUGCUCUGCAUUUAAAGAAAGAAACCACAAGCACAUUAAUUGUCCAGCUGAAGGAGUGCCAGUUCUACCCAAAGUGUUGGCCAAACCCGAGAAUCUGUCUGCGUCUUUCAUUGUUCAGGAAGGUAACAUCACUGGUCAUUUUUCCUGGAAGAUAUCUAAGGCAGUCCUUCAACAGCCCAUGACAGGGUUUCAAGUCACAUGGGCAGAAGUAACCACAGAAAGUCGACAGAACAGCUUGCCCAACAGCAUCAUUUCGCAGUCACAGAUACUGCCAGCAGAUCAUUAUGUACUCACUGUGCCCAAUCUGAGGCCAUCGAUGCUGUACCGACUGGAAGUUCAAGUGCUGACAACUGGUGGGGAGGGACCAGCUACAAUAAAAUCAUUCCGAACACCUGCUCUUCCUCCAUUUUCACCCCACAGACCUCAUCUGAAGCAACAUCAUCCACACCACUAUAAGCCACCCCCAGAGAAAUAUUAAACUGUUUCAGAUGAUUAUAUGAAAAAGUGAGAGGAAAAACUGAGCUCCCAAAUGGAGGCUAGGAAAAGGCACAUCUGUAGGAGCAAUGAAUACAGUUUUCCAGUGGAAGUUACCAUGCUGUACGAUCUGUAUCAACUCUAUGUAGUUUAGUAAUCAAGAAUUGUAUUUGUACCAAGACAAGGAUGAAGCAUACAGCAAGUAAAAUUUCAGUACCACUACUAUUCAACAAAUUGAAGAUUGCAUCAAACUCAACACCUGAGAGAAAAUCAAAGUGUGUUUAUUAUAAUGUUUUUGUAUUUCUAUGUUUGAAUUAGAUUGAAACAGUGUGGUGUAUACAGCUUUUUCUCUUAGUGACUUCAAUGUUAAUAUAUAAAAGGUUGUCCUGUGAUACAUACAUACCUUUGAACACUGGAGGCCAUGUUGUCAUUAACAUGUUUAAUUGAUCUAUUUUACUUAAAUCCCUCUUACCAGUUCAAGUCCUAGAGUAUUUUGCUGUUAAAGGUCUCCACUUGUCUGAAAUCAGGACAUAAGUAAAAUAAGUAGCAGAAACAGAAACUUUAAAUAGUCAAUGUUUAAUAACUGCAGUAUCACUGCAGAGGAGAGAUAUGAUACAUUUGCAUAGUCAACCACCUCUUCCAAAGUAAUGUUUCAGUAUGGAGAUCUUCUAUUAUUAUAGUUAAUAGUUAAAAUAUAUACAGGGUAGAUGAACUAUUCAUUAUAAAGAAACAGAUGACAGUUAGUACAAUUGUUGACAAUUAAUUGUGAUUAAUACAAUUAAUUGAUAAUUGUAUUAAUUUAUAAGAAUGACCUUUAAAAUCCCACUAUCAUGUUGAUUUUCUAGCUAAAAGUCUGAAUAGUUAACAUUCACAUCUUAAAAAUGGAAAUUCUGGGGUACAUUUAUUAUUCAAGUAGCUGUAGAGCUACUUUUUUGGCUUCUUUUUCUUUUGAUGUAUGUCUCUUUUCCCCAUGGAUCUUUUGAACAGAGGGAUGGGUGUGUUAGCUCCAUGGUAUUCUGCUUACAGAAGAGUUGCAUAACAAUACUCAAGCAUUUUGAAAGCAUUGUCUUAUAGUUUAUUUGAAUGCAUUUUUCAAAUUCAGAUAGAAGGGUGCCCUUUUUAACCAUAAGGGAAUACAUACUGCCUUUAUUGUACAAUAUAAACUGUCUAGAAUAAUUUGCUACACAAAAAGACAACCUUGUUAGUAAACAGAAACUACUUGGAUUUAUCAUCAAGAAGGUGUAAAGUAUCUGCCAAUAAUCUUCUAUACAAAUACAAUCAAAAUCUAAUGUUCAGACAUUAGUGGCAUUAGUAUUUUCCUUCUCUUGAUUACAAAUUGGAUAAAAUAGGGAUAAAAGAAAUGCAUGCCUGAAAAUGAGGAUCACAUUUGUAUUUAUCAUUGUAGGACAUUCACAAAAUAAUCACAUAUAAUUUGUCUCUACUGAAGUUUAUAGUUUUGGUGAAUGUGGGUUGAUAGCACUGAGGGUGAAGGAAACUGAAUUAAUUUCUGAUCCCUUGGUCAUUCCAGUUUUUCUAUAUAUCUACCUUUGCUAUUAGAGUAUUUUUUUUUUUUCCCCCAUUCUCUUUCUACUUUGCCGGUUGUCUUUUUUGAUGUGCACUCAGUGACAAAGGACUUUUACAGAAAAUUUCAAUUGCCAUGAGAUUUGAGCCUUUAACAGUUGUUUAAAAAAUAUUAAAGGCAAUGGUAAUUUUAAUUCCUUCUUCUGCUGGUCUGUCACCUUAUCUUUUCCAAAAUACAUUAACAAAUAACAGAUAAACUCUUCUUCAUAAAAUCUGUAAUGUAAUAUUUAUUUCAAUUGUGGAAGAUGGCCAGAGUUUCAGAGAUUUUGGGAAUCUGUAAGAAUGUGUAAUCCAUACAAGACUUUACAAAGAAAAAAAAUAUAUAUGGUUUGAACUGCAGCACAGUGCAGCACUGCUUUGAUGUUUAGGCUAUAUAAAGUAAGGAUAGAAGGUAUCUUGUUUUCUGAGAGUAGUUUUCUGUGGGAUCAGGGCAAGUACUCAGGCUGCUUUAAAAACUUCUGUUCAAACCUUUAUGUUAGAGUCUAUUCCAGUUAUGCUGGAGCAAUUCUGUAGUGACUUGAUUAAUGUUAAUGAAAUUAUGUAGCAUUCAUAGUGACAUUGGUAAAGCAUAGAACAUGGAUGUCAGUCGUUAUUACAAUGAGGCCAGACCUAGUUUGGCGAUUAAACUGGAAGUUAGCAGCCCUGAGUGACCAUAUCCUUAGUCUUAAUUGUUGAGUGGAAGCCUUGUUCUUUUGCUUGCUUAUGUAAAUUUAUUUGAAACAUUCAGUUUUUAAAAGUAGCAGUUAAUGUUAAAGAACAUGGAGUAUGCUUUCCUUCUAAAUUAGAUUUUGCCCAUCCAAAAAAAAUAAAUAUGUAUUUGAUAAAGUAGAAUUGUAUUGAGCAAGUGCAUUAUACAGAGUCUGUUUUACAAAGAUGUAAAGUCAUUUUUAUCCUUCUACAAAUGAGUUUAUCAACUCACCUUUCAAGUGAUCCUCCAAAUCAAAAAUCAAAAAUAAUAAAUCUACCAAGAUCAUGUAUGGAUGUUAAAUUUGAAACUAUGAGUGCUUUCCCAAUUAUUCUUUGAAUCUAACAGUACCAAUUUGAAGUUUCUGGUGUCUAACUCAUAAAGCCUUGUUUGCUGAAUUGUACAGGGUGUUGUCCUAAUUUACUGGCCUAAAUCACAUUAUACAUUUAAUUCAUCAAUAGACUUGUAAUUCACUGAGUGAUUCACUACUUAAUGAUUUAUUUUCUCUAAUGAUGUUGCAUAAUACAGAAUUAAUAUAGAUAUUGGGAUGCUUUUAAAUACUCUGCACCUUUACACUAAUGUAUUAUUUUAUGUGUACGGUUCUGAUGGAUUUGUCAGUUCACUUCUGGAUGCAUUAUGUUUAUCUUUAUUUCUGAAAGAAUUAUGAGAUUAUGCCAUUUUUGCUAGCUGCUUUGUGAAAUUGAUUUUUUUUUUGUUCACCAAUGAUUUUUCAUGGAAUCACAUACAAUGGUGUGUUCUUGUUGUAUCAUGGUUUUUAAGUAGUGUAUAGAGUAGGGGAAAUUCAAAUAAGACAAAACUUGUGCUGUAUGUAACAUCUUGAACAUUCAUUAAGAAUACAGCACAUGGACAGUAAAUAAGAGGUCUUACUUCUGAAAUGCUGCACGUCCUCAACUUAGUGGCUUCAGAAAGAAUUAAGGUAUGUCAAUACUAAUAAUGAUAUUGAUGUUUGGCAUGAUCACACAUAAAAUCAAAGAAAUACUCAUUGUUAAUACGAGUGGGAAAUUUACCAUUUAUAUUAGCAGAGGCAUAUAGAAACCUAAAUAUGGGGUAAAUUCAUUCAACAAUAAUUUAAUUUCCAUACUCCCUACUGGAGUCAGGGUGAGUUUCAGAUAAGCAGGCUCUGAUUCAGGAGGGUAUGCAGAAAAGAGAACAUCUAUUCGCACAGAAGUCGGUUGGAUGGAUGUAUACUUUUGCGUGUACAGUAGAGAGUGAGCUUUAGUGAUGUCUUAAAUAAAUUAUGGAUGUCAGAAUUGAAUACUCUCUUAAAUUAGGGCCUUAUGGAAUAAAGUAUUGGACCCAGACAGUUCUAAAUUCUAUGUACAACACCAUAGAAAUUUUUAUUUUUGUCUUGUGUAUAUGUAAAUGUAGUUGUGAUAUUGACUUAUUUAUUAAUUAAUUUUCUUAUGCUAUGUGCCAGGUAUAUUCCUACCCUUUUGAUCAGUACCUGUGAACAUCAAUUACUAAAAAUAAUAUUAUGCAAACUUGUGCAUUGUAACCAGGAAUAUGACACUAAUAAGCUGUUGCAUGUAGUUUAAAAUAAUUAAGAAAACCCUCUAUUUAAAAAAUGUAAAUGAAUACCUGCAGAUGUUGAUGAUUAUAUAUACUUUUGCAUGCCAAAACUCAUUGUUCAGUUGUGGGCAUGAAAUGUAACGACUGUAUUACCUCUACUGAGUAUAUUAGUAAGGUACAAUUUACAAAGCUAUUAACAGAGCUCUCUAUGUAAAAUGUUUUCUUUUUACCUAAUUAUAUUGUAGUAGAGUUGUAACAGAACUGUUUAUCUGUUACCCAAAUUGGCUGUAGAAUUUAUGUUCAUAUAACAGUCAUUUAAAGUCAGUAUUUAUUUAUGUAUGUAAUACAAAAAAAAAAUAAUAAUUGGUCUUACGUGUCUGUCCAUUUAUUUAGAGAAUGAAAACAAUUUGUAUAAACACUUUGUAAAAAAAAAAUGUAAAUAUAAAUAGAGCCUGGUUUCUUUUACUCAUUAUUCUCAUGUUUAGAACUUGUAUAUACUGUUUAGGUAAUAAACUGUCCUACACUGAAGUCUUGCUACAUUAUCUUCUCCAUACAGGAUUUAAACUUUUUUUUUCUUUUUUUUUUUAAGUGGGAGAUAAAGUGUUAUUGAAUAAAAAUCAGAGUACCAUUGGUACUCUACAUUUCAUUGUACAUGUAGUCAUAACAUUUUAUCCUUGCUGUUUGCUACUGCAUUUUAUUUUCUUUAGAAAGUGAUCAAAAUCAUCUGAAGAUAAAUUUAGGUAUCAUUUAAGUAUUUUAUGUUGAAAAGCAACUCUUAAAGUAAAAAAUCAGACUCAAGAUUUUGUCUUCUUUUCCCUUGUUUCCAUGAGAUAGUACUCAAUGGAUUUUUAGUAACCCUUUGUAAUACUAAUUUCAAAUAAUUAAAAUGUUUCUAGAUCUGUGUCAGUGGCCUGAUCCUGUAAGUCAAGAUUUUUGUGAUUGAAAAUCAUGGUGAAAUCUUUGUGUACACCAGAUCUGGAAUGUUUUAUACUUAAAAGUGCAGUAUCCCAUGAUUUAAAUGAUAUAUUUUUAAUAAAUAUAAAUAUCUGUCUUACUACAACGUUUGUUUCAAAUUGUCAUAGAUGUGCUAUCAUUUUCAAAUGCAAUGUUUUUGGUAAAUCUCUUAGCAGGUGUGCCUCUCACGUACUCUCAAAUUACUUAAUAACCAUUUAGUUUUUGUUAACUUGAGCAUAAACUCCAAAUUUUCCUAAUUACUUUCUCAGUAGAAUAAUUGUUUAGGAUUUUUAUUGUUUGUUUUUCAUUUUACACAAAUGGACAAUGUUUAGCAUAAACCCUUAUAAUUAAAUUCCUCUCCAAGUUGUAUUUCACCAGUGUGGUAUGGUAAACCCUUAUAGGAGUUAUAUAUCAGUGUGGGUAGGUAAGUUAUCAUAAUAAAUAGAUGAAGUGUUCUAUGCACUGUCAUUCUUUUUCUUUUUCCCCUUUCAUAACUUCAAAUAAAUGUUCUAUUCAACACUGAAUUAGAAAAGAUGAUGACUGGAUUAUGUCAAUCAUAUGAAAUAAAGCAAAUUUGGUA